AUGAAGAGGAAGAAUAAUGCACAGUAUGCAAAACAAGCUUGAGGAGAAACCUACAAAUUUUUGUCACGAGCUGCUUAGCAUUCCGUUUUUUUGCAGUUUUUCUCAUUAAACAAUUUUAAUCGGGUUAAAAUUCCAUCCCGUUGUUCCAGAGUGAUGGAAUUUUUUCGGUUAGCAGUCCUGUUGUUCCUGAUAUGUACACCGAAAUAUUGUGCAAGUAGUGGAGUUGAUCCCACUUUGCAGUUGGAGCUUGUCCACGUGCUGACUCGGCAUGGUGAUCGGAACAUGCUUGAUCCAAAAUGGUCUUAUCCGGACGAUCCUUAUCGGAACGAAUCCUACUGGCCAGAGGGAUACGCGCAAUUAAGCAAGCUUGGGAAACAGCAACACUACGCGUUAGGACAAUGGUUCCGAACACGGUACUCUAAAUUCCUUAGUGAAGCGUAUUCUUUGUACGAUAUUUAUGUGGAAUCGUCCGAUGUGGACAGGACAAUUAUGAGUGCACAGGCCAAUCUUGCCGGACUAUACCCACCGAAUGGAACGAUUGAUCCAACAUCCGUUUGGAAUGAAGCAUUGCCAUGGCAACCAAUCCCAGUUCACACAAUCCCAAAGGAUUUUGAUAAUAAACUCCAGCUCUCUGCCCCUUGCCCACGUGCAUCUCGCCUCAUAUCAGAUUACAACAACGGCCCCGAAACUAUCGCCAUUUUAUCCGAAAACGCGGAAAUGUUUGCCCACUUUGCAAACAACACGGGGCGUCCAAUCCGUAACCUGGCCGAUGUUCACUUCCUCUACGAUCCCCUCCUCAUCAAAAGCAUCCACAAUUAUAGCCUUCCUGCCUGGAGCGAGGGAUACUUCCCAGGCGGACAAUUGUUCAAUUUGACCUCAAUGUCGUUCCGGGUGUGGACUUGGAAUGACGAAUUGAAGCGAUUAAAGGGUGGGCCCAUGAUUAAGGAAGUUGUACAACAUUUCCAGGAGAAAGUGCAGGGCGUUAAUUAUUCCGUGGGGCAAGGUGAGACUGUGAGACUAACUGAUACUACUGACGAAUUUGAAGUGGAUGAACGACCAGAGGCUGAUGACCACACCGAUGGUGCACGAAAACUACAGUCAUCCAUCAAGACAUUGGAUAAGCGGAUGAAGUUUUUUAUGAGUUCGGGUCACGAUACGACGAUUUCUAGCGUAUUGAACUCUCUUGGAGUGUGGAACGGACUUCCACCACCGUACGCGAGCGCGGUAAUGUUUGAAUUGAAGAGGAAACCAGGGAGAAUCCAGGGGGAUAAGGAAGCCUACUUUGUGGAGAUUUACUACCGAAAUGAGACUGGACCAUCGGACCCUAACUUGUUGACGAUUCCUGGAUGCGCCGCUUCUUGUCGGUUGGACAAAUUCGUGGAGCUGACGAGAUCUGCAAUUCCCCUGAACUGGGAGUGGGACUGUAUCGAUGCCUCCUUCACGGCUUAAUUGACCACUUGG